AUGGAUACGACACACGCGCGUGCCAACUUUUCGCCACUAGCGGGUGAUGCGGUGCCCGGCACGGCUGACGCAGCCUGUGCGUUUGACUCGUUCAUCCAUGCGGAGCUUUGUGCAUGCCCGAGCGGCGAGAGCGAAGCGGAGCCCGAGUUUGGCUUCGCACCGCUCUGCGGCGCGCCGACACACAAAGAGCACACCGAGAGCGGUAAUCCAAUAGCGCUGACCCGCGGUGCGUACGCAUUUCCGAACGCGCCUCCUCUCUGGGACGGCGCUCCCACCUCGGCGCGGGAAGGCACAGGCAGCAUGAAGCAGGAGCCUGACCGUGAUCCGCUCGCUCUUGUAUUCAAGCAAGGGCAGAAACCCGACGUUCAAGCUGCGUGGUACUCCUCCGAAGCGCCGAGCAACACUGCGGCACUCGUGUUGGACCACGCCGAUAAGCGGCGCAAGGUAUCAGUCGGCGCGGAAAGCGCGCCGGACGACGACAUGCUCGUACAGCCCGCGGAGCAUAUACAGCUCAAAUCAGAGCGUAAAGCGAGCGGCUUGCGGCGUCCGCGCCCGUCCGCAUCGCAAACCACCGAGGCCGGGCAGCCUUUCCCCGUGAUCGAUACCUCUGCGAAGCAUUCGUCCUUGUUUGUUCCGCCCGACACGUCUGGCCUGACAAAGCGCGAAGCACGCCUUGUAAAGAACCGUGCCGCUGCGUUCCUUUCUCGCCAGCGCAAACGCGAACAGUUCGACGAGCUAAGCGGCAAGUGCCGCAUCCUUGCGCGCCUCAGCUGGCACUUGUGGGAUGCGCUCGCACACACCGGCGAUGCCCAAGCCAUGCUUGGCAAUGCACACGGCACGCAGACCGAUCGUGUGCUGCAAGGCACACAUCUCGGCAAGAAGCUUGCGUCCGAGCCCGACGAGAUGCGCGCAAUGCUUCAUCAGCUGCUCACGCAUCAAGACGCGUUCUGUCUGGAGCAGACAGAGCUGCGCGAGAGUACGCCGCGCCAAAGCGCACGUCCAAACUCCGAGUGCGAGCUCAGCGCUCAGUUGUAUGAUGCACAGGCCGAAUGCGCUGCGCUGCGUGCACGAGUCGCAACGCUCGAGCGGGAAAAGAUGGGCGCCAAGGCCGAGCAAGGCAGCUCUGCGACCCUCUUCUUCCAGCUUGUUGACCAGCUGCUUGGCCCUCGCGAUCAUCACGGAAGUGUCCAGCUGCAGCUUGCGCAGCGGAAUCAUGCAUUGCUAUGCACGCUGGGCAGCGAACCGCCGCUGGACUGCGAUGGCAGCAGCGAUACGUCCAUGCCCUCACUCUCCUCCACGAGCAGCCUCAGCUCUGCAGCAUCCAGUGGCGCAAAACGUGCACGGCGCGUGCUUGCAUGCUGCAGCGCCCCCGCACGGCCCGCCGCGUUGGAUGCUGCAGGGCUGCAUCCAUUGUACCUCGACGCAUGGGCCGAGCAGCACGCCAAGCAGGUGCUCGGUCCCCACCAUACCCUACCCGAGCCCGCGAUCGAUGCUUUGCACUUGCAGCUGCAUGGUACUGAUCUGCAGCAUACGUGCUUCUUGAUCGCGUCGUGGGAAAACGACGGCAGCGAAGCGCCGCGCCUUUCCUUGUACGUGCGCCGUGAAAAGCAGGCGCAGCCCGGUGCUGCUGCAGUGCGGCGCGUUGCCGAUACCAUUCAGGAUGCACUGCAUUUGCUGGGGCAUGAGAUGGAGGCGGACGGCGCGGAUGUGCCGCUACGCGCCGCGCUCAAAUCCGAGCCACGGAUCCUGUCUGUACCAUUGCCUCCGUAG